GGAGAACCUCCUGUUCCACUUUGCACCCGUCGCAUAAGCAUAUACUAGUAGCACAUCUCACCAGCCGUUGUUGACGGGAAAACGGCUUUUGCAUCCAUAGCGAUAAGUGUGGCGCGCUGCAUACAACAUUGAUAUCAACAAGCCAAACGACUUCGACGACUUGACCGCGAUCGCAACUGCCAGAGCUAGAGUUUGAGGGCACGCGAUCAAGUAGCGCUUGCCGUCUGCAGCUUCCGACAACCUCACGUUGGCUUUGCAAAGGCAGCACAUCAUCAUCGCUACUGAGGUUGCUUGAGAGUGAGAGAGAGAGGCUGCAAUGCCUCAUUCUGCCCGCGCUGCGACGGCGGACGAGGCGCCAGUGCCGUCAUCCAUAACCAGCUAUGGCCAAGUCAUCGAGUAUAUUGCAGACCGGCUGUACCUCGCAUCCUACACACACCAACCCGACGACAACACGCCGUUUCCCUACCCCGCCAAACAGACAUCGCGAUCACCGAGCAAACGGUCAGCAAGGGCACAGGCAGGUCCUCAGGCCGUGCAUAGUGCCGAACAGACGAUGCCACCAUGCUAUUUCUCCGUCGAGCAGAACCUACUGUACAAUGCCUUCCAUGCAGACUUCGGACCGCUUCAUAUCGGACACCUCUACCGCUUCGCAAUAGCAUUGCAUGAUGUAUUGGCACAGCCGGAGAACGAGAACCGACCAGUGGUGUUCUGGAGUGGACCCGAUCCGAGAAGUCGCGCGAAUGCUGCAUGCAUUCUGGCGGUCUAUAUGGUGUUGAUACAGCACUGGCCGCCACACCUUGCGCUCGCACCUAUCUCACAAAUGGACCCGCCAUGCAUGCCGUUCCGUGAUGCCGGCUACAGCCAGGCAGACUAUGCUCUGACCAUCCAGGACGUCGUGUACGGUGUGUGGAAGGCGAAGGAAGAGGGCCUGUGCGGCUUCAAAGACUUCUGCUUGGAAGAGUACGAGCGCUUCGAGCGUGUCGAUCAAGGCGACUUCAACUGGAUCACGCCCAGCUUUCUCGCCUUCGCAAGCCCACAGCACCAGCCAACGCAUGUCAUCCAUUCGACGGACCCUCUCUACAACCAGCUGCCUCGGUCACUGUCAGCAUUGAGCAGGAACACUACACUACCAACGCCCUUUAAGAAUGUACUCAGCCACUUCGCCGAACGUGGUAUUGGACUCGUCGUGCGUCUGAACUCCGAACUCUACUCACCCAGCUACUUCACCGCGCUUGGCAUCAAGCAUCUCGACAUGAUCUUCGACGACGGCACAUGUCCUCCACUGAACCUCGUCCGCAAAUUCAUCGCCCUCGCCCACAGCAUGAUCAAUGACAAGCGAAGAGGCAUUGCCGUGCACUGCAAGGCAGGCCUGGGUCGUACCGGAUGCCUCAUCGGCGCCUACCUCAUCUACCGCCACGGCUUCACCGCAAACGAGGUUAUCGCCUUCAUGCGCUUCAUGCGGCCCGGAAUGGUCGUCGGUCCGCAGCAGCACUGGCUGCACCUCAACCAGGGCACGUUCCGGGAGUGGUGGUUCGAAGACACCAUGAAGGAGAAGAUCUUGGCGAGCAUGCAGCCCAGCACGCCGACUAGACUGCAUCACUCGAGCAGCAGAAGGUUGGCGAGCAACGGCCAGACCUUCACGCCGCCGAAUGCCGACCGGCAUGCGGCCAGUCCUCGACGUGCAGCAUUAGGCGAGAUUACGAACAACGAGCAAGCAGCCCCGUCGUCGCGCUACACGUCAUCUGAAGACCUCAAGGGUAGCUUAGGUGUCGCGGACGAGAACCUGCCAGCCCCGACUCCAGGCCAGCCGCGCAAGACCAACAAACUCUACGGCAGCGCCCGUCGCGUUAUGACGGAGAACCAGCAUCCUUUCGACAUCAAGCCAGACAGCGAGAUCAUCACGAUGCAGCGAUCAACGUUGGCAGUAGACGCCAGCGAAAGCGAGUCAGAUGCCAACGCCCUCCGUAGCGUGCUGUCGCGCAAAGCCUCCCAGUCACCCGCUACGCGUAGCAGUGGGCACAAGCGACGAGCAGUUUCGUGCACCACAACAACAACAACCACGACGAAAUGGGAUCUCCCGACCGACACUAGCGAUGUCGAGAACCGGCCCGGUUUGAUCGAAGAGCUAGACUUACCAAUGGAUGACCGGACCUCCAGCCCCUCCCGGCCGAAGACUCCGGGAACAAUUAAAAGCGGUAACGGGAUGGGUAGUUUGAGUGUUGGCAAGCGGUCGUCGCCUAGUCGACGCAGCACUGAGGGCAAGACCAGCGUGCGCAAGACUAGUGGACGGGUUGGCAGUGUCGGUACGCAGGGGGUUAGGGGGCACAAGGUGUCCUAAGGUACCGCCUGCUAGGGUAUGUACAUGACCGGUUCUGUGUGACGGCUUGAGGCGUUGCUUCUUGAGGUGGCGGGCGUGGGUUUCUGGGCUUCGGGUUCCUCUCGCAUUCUUGGGUGUCAAGGCCUUGCAUCGCAUGGCGCUGCAAGCAUAGCGCUUCUCGUAUUGUUUCGUUACAUGUAAGGUGCACAGCUAGGCACUUCGACCUGCGACGGCAUUCUUCCGUCAAUAGCAUGGCACACGCAACUAAUCAAUCAAAUAUCACAUCUCAGCCCUUCGAGAUGUCGAAUUGUGUGCUGUGACCAAGAACCAUCGUUUCGGCGUCUCGCAUUUACCCAUUGGGACGGCGGCUGCAACCUUCUCCAC